AUGUCUGAACAUGGCGCGUGGCCUUCAAGUCCAGCCAAAAUCGCCCUCGAGGCUUGGUCGCAGGGUUGUAUGAUUGGUGCUUUGAUCAUCAUGAUUGGUAUCACCGUUAUUAAUAUGAGGCGUGGCGUUGUACUCCACAAACUUAUUUUAAUUGAGUUACUGCUGGCCAUGCCAAACGGCUUCUUCAUGUUCUUCGAGCCCCCGGUCUGGGGUUGGUAUCUCUCGUCGACAGUCAUCCUCCUCAUUAUAUCGUGGAAUCUACACAAUGUCAUCUCUUGGCUAAAGAACAAGCCCUUUCUCUCGAAACGAUACAACGCCAUUUAUAUCGGCACCAUUGUGCUCGUCCAGCCUUAUUGGGUACUCGAGAUUUAUGCCAAUUUUACCUACUUCAAUCCUCCUUACACUCGGUUCUUUUCCUCAUCAAGACCGCUUGAGGCUCUGUGUCGUGACCCGUGGUGGAUAUUCACAGCCCUAAAUCUAUUCUGGAAUAUCAAGUACCGCUACGAGUUUAAAUAUCUGGAACUCAUUCGCAUCUCACCUCGAUUCGCCGUCUUACUACUGAGCAUGUCUCUCAGCAUCAUCUUCAUCAUCAUCGAUCUAUUCGCCGUCACGUCUGUACUCCACAUUGGAUACAUCAACCCGUUCUGGAAAUUCGCUUUUAUCUUCAAAUGUUUCACGGAUACGAUAGUCCUCGACGACUUCAAGACAGCGCUGGAUAAGCUAAGCCGGUACAAAAUGGAACAGAAUCAUCCGCUACCUUUUAGCAGACCUGGAAGUCAAACGAAUAUUGAACAGCCGAGAUCAAGUUUUGCCGAUUUUGCUGUCAUCUGUCCAGUGGAAAGUUCAGCGGUUGUGACAGUGGAGCAUUUGGAGAGGGCGCAUGGUAAUUCAAUAUCUAGUCCGCCUAGGGCUAUGAGAGCCUCACAAACAGGACUUGGAGGGAGACCUUAUUAA